AUGGGUCCCGGUCUUGUUUUCGCUCUAGUCGCCUCUCCAGCGUUGUCGGUAUUUGGCAUGCGAGAUGCUGUUCUGGUCGACCUCCUUCGCCGGGCGCCUUUAGCCCUCUUCUGGCUGUGGAUCAACCUGUUGCCCUUCACCAUCGACAAUCAGCGGCAGCCAGACUCUAUCGCCGAAGAUAAGAUCAACAAGCCGUGGCGAACCAUGCCUUCCAAGCGAAUGGCGCCUCGACAAGCUCGGAACCUCGUGCUCGUUCUUUAUGCUCUGGCCAUCAUCACCAGCCUUCGCAUUGGCGGGCUUGAACAGUGCUUGUCCUUGGUCGUGGUGGGAGUCUGGUACAAUGAUUUCCAAGGAGCUGAAGGCGUCUUGCCUCGCCAUCUGAUCAAUGGCUUUGGAUAUAGAUGCUUCAACACUGGCGCUCUUGAAGUCGUCCUUGGUGGCCGCGGUAUCCAUUCACCAACUUCGUCGCUACUGGUCUGGGAGGCCAUUAUUUCCGCCACCGUCUUCACCACCAUUCACACAAUGGACAUGUACGAUCAAGGAGGUGAUGCCUCACGUAACCGCAAGACGGUACCUCUCGUCGUGGGUGACAAUCUAGCGCGUUGGUCGAUUGUCUUCUUCAUGACCAUCUGGUCGGUUGUCUGCCCUGCCUACGUUGGCGCGCCACCUAUUGGUUUUGCGUUGAUGGUGGGCCUAGGUGGGCUCAUUUCUGUGAGGUAUCUGCUGUUCCGGACCGUUGCCGAUGACAAAAAGACCUUCAAGCUGUGGAACUUGUUUAUGGUCGGGGUCUACUCAAUGCCACUCCUGCGGGUAACCAUGGGGUGA